UUUUUUGUGUUUGUACUUUGGCACCAGACAGAGAUGCUUCGGGACAAUCGUAAAGACCACCAGCUUUGUUUGGAAGCAGCUGGAAGAAAUGGGGCGAGUUGGAGAGUACAUUUUAAACAUAAAGUCAUUCUGUAACUGAUAAAGAUUUUAUUCCACAACUUCACAGGAAAUGUCAGUAAAACCAGUGGACUUACAGUGACAGCACCUACAUGUCUGAUAGAAGACAUUAAAAAAGGUGAGAUUUGGUAACUGUAAUUAACACUAACCUUGAAGAAAGCUACACUGACUUUGAACUUUUUUCAUAUUUCACUUGUACUGGAGUAGAAUUUAGUAUUUCAGCUUGACAGCUUUAGGAAACAGAGUAAGACAAUGGGCUCCACAGGCUCCAGACCCAGGCUGCGUAAAGUAGCUCCAUGUAAAAGCCUGCAAGAAGAGGGGACGCAGCCUGAACCACAAUGGAGCCUCCCUGCUCUGCCGGUCACUGUGGAGCAGCCGUCAGCAUCUCUGGGAAAGAAGAAGACAAUCUUACCUCCACUGAGACAGGAAAUAACUCUUUCCAAACUCUCAGAACCAUGCUUUGCAGGAAUCCUCCCACCAAAGCAAAGUAACAAUUCAAGCAUCAUUCACUCCCAUCCACCCCGAAGACCCCAGGCAAUGCACCCACUGGUCCUUCAAAUUGGCCACACAAGCACUGCCAAUCAAAUUGCCAUGGGCAGGGACUGCAGAGAUGGGGGUGUCCACCUGUUUUCUACAAUCGGCCAGACAGGACACUCUGGCACCAACAGAAUGAUUCAGGGAGGAUUCCUGGAGGCCCAGACAGCUCUCGCUCAACAGGCUCAUCAGCAUCGGCGAGCUCACCUCCGACAAGCCAGAGAACAAAGAAGACAUAAGGUUGUCUACUCAGUUAAUGUUGGAGGUACAGAAGGCAUCCAGAGGCUGAAACUUGUGAGAAGGCCCACAGAGAGGGACAUCUUCUGGGAUGAGACCACAGGAGAAAGUCUGGACCCCAGCUGCCUUCUGGACCCAAAAUCUCUGCCUCACCUCUGUGAAGAGAGACAGCGUAACCAGCCAAACAAACAGCUCCUGUGCAAAGGGGAAGACGGGAUCCUGACACAUCGAGCACAAGCUCCCAGAAACAGAGAGGAUAGAACACAACAAUCUGGACACAGAGGACUGUCUUUAGACAAAAACGUAUCAUGGAGAACUGGAAGGGAAAUAGAAGAAAGGGGUAACACACAGAGGGAUAGUUGGUUGUGGCCUGAGCUUGCCAGAAGCUGUCAGACAGCGAGGAUAAGAGGUGCAAGAGGGAUCUGGGACAAUAAACUGGACUAAGAACACUUAGUCAACCAACUUGCAAUACAAACAAAACUCUUGAUGUUCCGGGGAUUCUUCUCAUCAUGGCUGAGUGUAUGAUGCCCUCUACAGGUGAAAGCAGUGAGAACACUCGAGGCAGUGAGUCUGAGCCUCAUGUAGCCUCACUAUAAUAUUGAUAGCAAACAUCCAACAAUUUAUAUUUAGUUCAAAGAGUUGGGAUUCAAAUCAUCCAGCUUUGAAACUUGUGCUCUAUUAUUGGGCAUUUGUUAUAGAAAUUAGCACAAAAGAAUCCCUCAGUAUAAAGAUAUCACAUUAUUUGAAAAGAUCUGUGGCUCUUGAAGAAUAAUUAGACUGAAAACAGGAAACUGCUAAUUGCACCAUCAUUCUUCAAGUGGUCUCCCUGAGGCCGGCUCUUAGCGGGUUUAGAGAAGCUGAGAGGAUCUGGACUCCUACCAAACACCUGGGGCCACAGUGGCCGACAAAAGCCUGGUCCUCAGGCACGGUGCAAAGAUGAACAUUGCCGGGAUCACAUCGCACAGCAGGGGGCUGGGCGGGAAUUAAACAAGCAAAGAUUAUCCGGCAGUGGUUGAGUGGAAUUCAAUAGAUGAAAUAAGAAUUAAACUGUAUUAAAGAAAUAAAAGGUCUAACAUGAACCUUAUUGUACUCCACCACUGGGUGUCAUUAUUGGGCUGAGGGACACAGUGAAGUAAACUCCCACAGUUAAG